AUGACGAAAUUCAACGAAUCUGAUAGGUGUAGGAUACCGAAUGAAUGCAUCAAGAAGCAUUCUAUAGUGUGUAAUGUGAAAGACGAAACCAGAAGAUCGAUUAUCGCGAGGGUACGAAUGGACGUAUAUAGUGAAUCAAAGCCAGCCGCUUAUUUGAAAUUUAAAUGUGCGCGGGUUCCCCGGGAGUUUGUUAACUGUAGAAGGACAAUGGCUAUGCACGUGCGAGCUUUGGCCGUGCUUGGACUAGUGUUCAUGUUAGUGACGACUGUUCAAGGCGCGCCCGGAAGGAAGCGCCCGAGUCGGAGUGCACAUGAAAAAAAUGCGGUGAGUUACCUUUAA